AUGAAGCAGAGAAAGAAUGCGCCAGUGGCUGCUGCGUCGUUGAGCGACAGCUCCGACUCUAGCAGCGAUGAACAAGUGACCAAGAAGGCAGUGCCCGUCGCUGCCAAGGAUUCCCGUAAGAAGCCGCCCCCCGCUAGGCCGGCAGAUUCGUCAAGCAGCGAGGACGACAGCAGCGAUGAAGAGGUCACCAAAAAGCCGACCAAUCCCAAAAAAACCGUCACGAGCGCCGCUGCAGUUCAGGGUGCGAAAAAGGCGAUUGCCGCUGCGGCGUCCAAGAAGCCUGUGAAGGCAAAGCCGAUGAGCGACGAUGACUCUUCAAGCGAUUCUUCAGAUGACGAAACUCCAGCCCGGAAGCCGGCAGCGAAGGCAAAGGCAGCUCCGCAGAAGGUAGAAUCGUCUUCCAGUGACGACAGCAGCGACGAGGAGGGUCUCAAGCCUGCGGCCAAGGCAAAAGCAGCUCCGAAGGCUGCUGCCGCGAAGGCGCCGGCAAAGAAGACUGACUCUAGCGACGAUGACUCUAGCUCGGAAGACGAAGCUCCGCAAAAGAAGGCGAAAGCAGUGUCCGCCCCGCAGAAGAAAGCGGCUCUUGCCAAGCCCCUUCAGUCCGACUCCAGCAGUGAGGAGUCCAGUGAUGAAGACACAGAGACAAUGAAGGCAGCGGUGUGCAAGCCUGCGGACUCGUCAAGCGAGGACGAAGACUCGUCUAGCGACGAGGAGAAGCCCGCCCUCAAGAGCCAGAAAGCUGCUGCAAAGCCUGUGGCGCCCGCGAAGAAGGCCCACGCCCCGGCUUCGUCUUCAGAGGAAGACUCCAGUGACAACGACGAGGACAGCGCCCCUAAGCACAAGGUGUCUGUUGUGUCGAACUCUAAGAUCCCUGUGGCAAAGAAGCCGAUCGCGAAGGAUGAAGACGACUCAAGCGACGAAGAGCCGCCGAAGAAGAGCCCUGCUGCCCAGAAGAAACCGGUUAAUGGUGCAGCGAAGAAGGCCGCUGCUAGCAGCAGUGAUGAUGAGUCGGACGACGAUGAGUCCGAUGAGGAUGAAAAGCCUCCCAAGAAGGGAAAAGCUGCGCAGGACGUGGAAAUGGAGGACGAGGAGGAGGAGAGUGAAGAUGAAAGUCCCCCGAAGAAAAGGAAGGAACCCCCAACAACGGGCGACGAUAAGAAGCAUGCCUCCAAGCGGCAAAAAGACGAGCAUCAGCAGCCUAGAGCCCGCCUUCAGACGAAGGGUGGCGGGGUCGUCGACAAGCUGCGAACAGAGAUCUUCUGCGGAGGUCUCCCGUAUUCCACCACAGAGAGUGAACUGAAGGAGCUUUUCGAAUCCGACUGCGGCCCGACCACUCGCAUCAAGAUGCUUGAGGGAAAAGGCAUUGCGUUCAUUACUUUCGAAACUGAGGAGGCCGCUCAAAAGGCCGUUGAAUACAACAACACGCAGUACAACGGACGCACUCUCCGCAUCAACCUCACGGCGGACAAGCAGAGUCACCAGUCAGGAAGUGGAGAGCGCGGCGGUCGUGGACGAGGCGGCCGUGAACAGGGCGGUGCCCGAGGAGGCGCAGCUGCAGGGGGCGAGCGACCCAAGGCUUCCCCAAACAAGCAAGUUGUCGUCAGAAAUUUGAGCUUCAAUGCAACGGAAGAGUCGAUCCGCAGCCUCUUCGAGGAAUGUGGCGAGAUCCAGGACAUCCGCAUGCCAGUGUUCGAGGACACUGGAAAAUUCAAGGGGCAAGCUUUCAUUGAGUUCGACAGUAUCGAGUCCGCAACCAAAGCCGUCGAAUACAACAACACUGACGUCGAUGGACGUACGGUCUGGAUCGACUUCGCGCUUCCGCGCGGCUCUGGUGGGGGCGGUCGCGGUGGUGGAGGACGCGGGGGCGGCAGGGGCGGCUUCGGUGCUGGCCGAGGAGGACGAGGAGGCCGUGGCGGCGGGCGAGGGGGAGCCAGCAGCGCAGUGAAGGCGGCGAAGGAUGGAACCGUGCAGGAGUUCCAAGGGACAUCGAAGACAUUCGACAGUGACAGCGACUAA